UAAAGGGAGUUCCUGCUUGGAGGAGACAGGAGACUGAGGUAAAGCAACUGAGGGCACUGUCCCAUUGGGUGUGACAGUGAUGAAACCCAUCCAGGAGUAGCGAUUCUGUCUUCCUCCCUAAAUCUCCUAGGUUUCUGGGUCUGGAAGGACACAGCAGGCACAAUCAGAUGUUCCCCUGUGGCUUCAUCCUGGAACAGCAGACCAAGGGGGAGGGCUGGGGUCUCCACAUGCUUUGCGGCCUUUCUGGAACCACAGAGUAUGUUUCCAUGCCAGCUGGCCUCCCUUCCCAAGGAAGACUGGAAGAACAGGAACGUAGGCCAGACCCCAGCAGGGGAAGGCCACGCUGCUCAGUUUGUCUGGGGAGAAACAGCUUGGGGACGGUGGGUGGUGGCUGGCAGAGGUCCUGCUGGAAGGUCAGGGAGCAAAGGGGAUGGCAGGGACCCCAUUUCAGAGAUCACCCCCUGGGGCCUGAGCCAAAUGAAGGGACUGCAGUGAGUAUCGUGUCGCCUGGCAACCCAGCGCAGGGUGAGGAGGCUGAAGCUGCCCUUUGUUAGGACCUUCUUUGGCCAGCAGUCCUGCAAGGUAGGUGCUCUUGUCCCAUUUUACAGAGGGCAGGAAGACCAUGGAGAGUUGUUCUUCCUCCGGUCAUGCAGUGGAAGGGAAGGGUUUGGGGGGCAAAGGGAUUUGAGCUCAGGUGGUGUGGCCCUCAGAGCGCCCCCUGUGCUCAGUGACCUGGAGGAGGAGACACUGCCCCGGCCUGUGCUUAGGGAAGUGCAGGCCACGGGUUAAAGGGGCCAAGGCCACUCUGCAAGAGAGUAGCGUGUCUCAGACAGAGACUCCUUGUCCCCAGUGCCAGCUGGGACCUGAUGAUGGCCUCAGUGGGCUGGGAAAGGACAAGGAAGAAGACUGGGGAAAGACUCAGGCAUGACUGAGGGAUGGGGUGGGACCUCUUCGACCCCACCUGGGCUUCCAGGGCUGGGGAGGAGCAGGAGGGCAGGAAUGGGAUACAAGAGGAAUGACAGAAAAGCUCCCUACUCUAGAAGAGCAAGGAGGGGGAACUGGCCAUUCGAGAGGGCAAACCAACCCAGUUACCUAUUGUGGGUAGGUGACGGCAUGGAACAAGGGCUGCCUUAGGCCAGCUCCAGGUUCACUUGUGCCACUGACAAUGAUAUCACCUCUCUGGGACUGAUCUAUUUACGUAACCGUGGGGUCCACCGUGGGCCAUCUUGGGCCUUGUGGGGAUGCAGACACAAAUGAAGACAAUCCUUGUCCUCCUGGGGCUUAUCUUCCUGUUGGAAGAAAGGCAAACAAGAUAAGGAAAAUAUUUAACUUGUCAGAUAGUAGUACUAAAUGCUACAGAGAAAAAUAAAAGCUCUGAGAAGGAGUUUGAGGUGUGGCAGGAAGUAGUGUGAACAGUUUAGACAGGGAAGCCGCAGAGGCCUGCCUGAGUCAGUCCCUGAAGACUUGAGCUCAGUGUGAGCUGAGCCAGAACUCUCUGGAGGCUGCGUGGAAGCCAAGGUCCUGAAGCAGGAGUGAGUCCUGGGGGUCUAGAGGGCCAUCAAAGUGACCAAUAUGGCUGGAAUGGAGAGAUGGGCAGGAAGUUGGAGACAAGUUUGUGCAAAAACAACCUUGGUUCCCUUGAGGAGGCUUGACAGGAGAGUGAAACAUUUUGCCAAGUUUGGGGGUUGAAUGGCGUGCCCUUGGGGACCCUUUCCAGUUAGUUUCUAACAUGGUCUUUGAGAUCAAGGUGCCCCCUUAAAGCACCAGGCUGAGGGAGAGAUUGCAGAACUUGUAUAUGGGGGUGCAGAGGGGUCCAGCUGAGAGUUUCCCUUGGCUGCACCCCUGGUACAAUGUUUGGAAACACCCACUCCCCAUCCAUUAAGUUCCAUCUAGUCCUAAGAUGUCUACACACCUCCAGGGCCCACCUUGGAGAGUUCCCACUGGUAGCUCUGGGCUAUCUGAAUGUGCAGGUUUCCACUUGGGAACAUUCGACAAUGCCAGUGGGUGGAGUGGUCCUGCUUCCAUGAGAGGUCGGGGCUGCUGGCUCAGGGACCCAGCACAGACUGCAGCCCAACCGAAGAAGGCCCUCUAGGCCAGCCGGUUGGUCUCUACUGCAGAGCAUGUCCUGCCCAGGUGGCUUCCGGGAGCAGGAAGUACUGAGGGGGACAGAGAGGCUGGUUGUCCAAGUAACCAGCCCCAACCCUGCUAUUCAGUAUCCAUGCUGAGGUGACCAUGCCAAGGCAGCCAUAGGAGCUCAAGUGAGACCUUCCGGUCAGAGCCCGCUACACAGAGACUUCUUAUAGUGGCCUUGCACAGGGCUGGUGGCAGUAGUCGGGGUUCAGGGACUCUGAGGCAGCAUGGUGGGCUGCCCUGGCACUGUUCCUGUUGGCUCCAGGCUCCUGCCCUAGGGCCAAAAGAAGUGUGGCCUUCCUCUGUUUCCCCGCCAGCACCAAGCAGCAGCCCUCAGGGGCCUCAUUAGGGUCUGCUGUCUCUGGCUGAAUCCUCUGAGGGGUGGUGGUAGGCUUGACAUCACAACUGGGGAAGUCCCCAGGGCUGUGUGUGGUGGGAAGGCAGGAAGGGCCAGCUGCCAUGGGCACAGCCACAGCUCCAGCCUUUCCCCAUCUCUGCCCUGCUGGUAGAUGCCACAGGAGGCUGCCAUUUGCACCCCAUCCUUAGGGUCUACUGAGAAACAUCCCCACCCACCAAGGGCACAUCCGGGGCUGCUGCCAAUCUGUGUAGGCUCAGGAACAUAAUGAGGCCUUGAGGCAGGAUCUAGAAGGACAGAGGAGACGGUGCAAUUCCUCUUGAGUAAAGGCUCAGGGGACCCACAGGUGCCCUCGACUGUCUCCCUCAGCUGUGAGCCCAAAGGCCAAGGAGAACAUGAGGCCUCUGGUUCUGCUGGCUUCCAUCCUGGCCAGUGCCACGCAGCAGCCUUCCCAGGUCACAGCACGGAGACCCUGGGGGAGAGGGGGUAGCAGAGGUGCUGCUGUUAGCUUUGCUGCAGCUCAUAGCUGCCCCUCUUUGGGUGCCACAUGAAGGUCAGAGAAUCACCCUCCCCUUCACGUGGGUCCCUCGCCCCACCCGCCCAGGCAGGCAGCUCCAGGUAAGGGCUCCCUUCCCGGCCCCCAGCCCCCACCCCUUGCUGUGAUUCUUCCUGUCUGGACACAGCUGAGAGCGGAGGGAGGGAGCACCACUCUUCCCAUCCAGGCCCCAGGCACUGGCACUCCACAGCACUCUUGCAGCAUUGAACACGGCCAGAAGCUCCUGCCAUGGACAGGUGGCACUUGGGUGGCAGCUCCAAGGGCGACGCGGACCCCUUCCACUAUGACUAUGAGACUGUCCGAAACGGAGGCCUGAUCUUUGCUGGCCUGGCCUUCGUCGUGGGGCUCAUCAUCCUCCUCACACACCAUUUUGCAAAGAGAGAAACAGUCAAAUGUGAGCUCCAAGUACUCGCUUCAGCAGCACAUAUACUAAAAUGUGAGCUCCAAGCCCCACACCAUGGUGAUGCUUGCAGGAGGGAGGGAGGAGAGACUGGAAGAACUGAGUCGUCUUUUGUCUCUCCUUGGAAAAUGAGUGGUGAAUAAAAUGAAACUUCCUUUCCCUU